AUGAAUCCCGAACACGAUUUACUCUCGCCCAAAGGUGGCGAUGCUCAGAAUGCCGACGGUGCAGGCGCUACCGGCGAGGGCAAAGUGCAGAAACCGACAGAAUUGUCCACGUCGCGCCGGUCGAUCGGCCGCGGUGGAUUCGGCUCUGUCACAGUGAUGCCCUGUGGUACACGCAUUGUCAAGACGGCUCGCGAGGGGGGAUCGCCGCAUAAUCACAAGUUCAGCAUGCGGACGAUUCUACGCGAGGCUUCGGUGUACUUGUACUUGCCGCCGCAUGAGCGUCUCUUACCGUUUUACGGCAGCACGGCCACGCCGGAGUCAGUGUCCAUCACGCUCGGUUACUGCAAAAAAGGAAACCUGUACGACCACCUCGAAAAGAACCCCGAUACGAAGCUGAUGUGGCGCAUGCUCUGGUGCGUGGACGCCACCCAAGGCCUUGCCCACCUCCACCGCCACGGUGUCCUUCACUGUGACCUGCGCCCGGACAAUCUACUGAUCGGCGACGACGACCGCCUGCGCAUCAUCGACUUUGGCGGCAGCUCCAUUGACGGCGAGACCAACCUGGCCGCCGAGGCCGAGGGCUACUUCUUGCCACGGCCCGCGCCCUGGCCGUGCACCCCCGACACCGACCGCUUUGCUCUGGGCAGCACCUUCUACCACAUCCUGACGGGCCAUCGGCCGCACCAGGACCGCGCGCCUCAGGACGACAUCACGGCCUCGUUUGAGCGCGGCGAGUAUCCGGCCGACGCCGACGACUUGCUGAUUCGUGACAUCAUCUACAAGUGCUGGAAGUGCGAGUACAAGCACACUGUGGACGUGUUUUACGAGCUGGUCCCUUUUAUGGACCAAUUUCGUGAUGAGGCGAUAAAAGAUGCUGCAGAAAAGGAGGCUGCAUAA